AUGGCAUCUAGCAGUCCUGCGAAAAAGCGAAAGAAGAACCCGCCCAGCUCCAGCUCGCCAUACAAGGGGAAAACUCUGGACCACUUUUUUGCGAAGAAACCAUCAGUCCCGCUACCAUCACAGCCCGCAGCACCGGCCAGUCACUCGGAAGAGGCUGAUGCGUCGACGUUGACGGAUGAAGAGUUUGCUCGAAGAUUGGCCUGGGAAUGGGGAGAAGAGGACCAGGCUAUGGCGGUAAAUGGGGGCUUGAGUAGCCAUGCGGGAUCGAAGCGGCAGAGGAGUAGUUCGCAAGAGAGAAGGAAUUCCGAGCCCGCAAGCCAGGUAGCUGCCAAAGAAUCGGAGGAGGAUCAGGAGGGAGAUCAACAGACUUCAACGACAACACCACAGUCCAAAAAGGCCGUAGGAAUCUUGGUCCUCACGGAAGGGAACAGCUCCAAAACCACAGAAGCCAUCCCACUGGACAAUGAUCCUCUGACCUUCAACCCGAACGACUACCAACACCUCACGACGGAAUGGCCUCACGGCCGAACGCCCUACAGCCUUCUAACACACGCCUUCGUACUGGUGAAUGCCACACGGUCCCGCAUCAAGAUAGUAGACACACUGGUGAACCUUUUGCGGCUACUAAUGGUGCUGGAUCCCGAGUCCCUGCUGCCAGCCGUAUGGCUGACCACGAACGACAUCGGCCCGCCGUACGAAAAUACCGAGCUCGGGAUCGGCAGCUCGACCAUCGCCAAGGCGAUCAUCAAAACGAGCGGGAUCACACCCGCAGCCGUCAAGAAGCUAUACCACAAAUACGGGGACCCAGGCAAGUCUCAUCUCCCCCCCCCCCUUUCUAACCCCAUUAACCCAACCACAGGCGACGUCGCCUUCUCCGCCAAAUCCACGCAGCGCACAUUGGCCAUGGGGCAGCCCGCACCACUCACGAUCACGGGCGUAUACAGCACGCUCGUCAAGCUCGCCGCCGUAUCGGGCAAGGGCUCGCAAGCCGCCAAAGAAACGCACGUUAAACGCCUCCUCGUGGCCGCCCGCGGCGAGGAGCUCCGCUACCUCGUGCGCACGCUGCUGCAGCACCUGCGGAUCGGCGCCGUGAGGACAACGAUGCUGAUCGCGCUUGCGCGGGCGUUCGUGCUGCGGGAUACAAAUACGCACCCGCUCCCGACGGAGAAGGAGAAGCGGCUCGAAGUGUUUGCCCGCGCCGAGGACACGCUGAAGCGCUGUUUUGCGCGGCGGCCGAACUACAACGACCUUGUACCGGCGCUGCUUUCGGGCGGCGUGGACGCGCUGCCGCGGGUGUGCGGGAUGGCGCUGCACGUGCCGCUCAUACCGAUGCUCGGGAGCAUCACGCGGGACCUGGACGAGAUGCUGGUGAAGCUGCGGGGACGGGAGUUCACGUGCGAGUAUAAGUACGAUGGGCAGCGGGCACAGAUCCACUGCGACGAGAGCGGAAGGGUAGAGAUCUUCAGUAGACAUCUGGAACUGAUGACGGGGAAGUAUCCGGACCUGGUCGCGCUGGUUCCGCGUGUGCGGGGGGAGGGCGUGAAGAGCUUUAUUCUGGAGGGUGAGGUGGUCGCUGUGGAUGCCAACACGGGCGAGCUGGGGAAGUUCCAGACCCUCGCUGGCAGGGAGAGGAAGAAUGUCGACAUUGGGAACGUCACCGUCACGGUCUGCCUCUUCGCUUUCGACCUGAUGUACUUGAAUGGCCAGGAGCUCCUCUCCACCUCCCUCCGCGAGCGCCGCGAGCUGCUGCGGACAAUGUUCACGCCGGUCCCGCACAAAUUCGCGCUGGUGCAAUCCCUCGACGCCGUAUACAGCGAUUCCGACCGCGUGCGCAGCUUUUUCACCGCAGCCCUCUCCUCCCGUUGCGAAGGCCUGAUGGUCAAAGUCCUGGACAACCCCUCCGUCCCCUCCACCGCCGCCGACACUGUCCCCUCCACAGCGCGCCCCCGCCACAAACCUCUGCUCGCGACCUACACCCCCUCCCAACGUCUCGAGUCCUGGCUGAAAGUAAAAGCCGACUACUCCCGCUCCUCGGACACACUGGACCUAAUCCCCAUCGGCGGCUGGCACGGGCAGGGGCGCAAGGCUGCGUGGUGGUCUCCGAUCCUGCUGGCGGUUCGGAACCCCUCUACCGGCGCGCUCGAGGCAGUGUGUAAAUGCAUGUCCGGCUUCACGGACAAGAUGUACGCUGAGAUCACGGCGUUCUACGCCCCCGACCUCGACGGCGACGGUGGUAGCGAGACGGGGAAUACGAGUGCGAAAAGGAAGGCGUAUUACGACGCACCAAGCGCGAUCAAGCCCAAUGUGUGGUUCGAGCCAAGCGAGGUCUGGGAAAUCGCCUUUGCGCAGGUGUCGCUUAGUCCGGUGUAUACGGCCGGACAAGGGCUGGUGGAUGGCGAGAGGGGGUUGAGUCUCAGGUUUCCGAGGUUUGUGAGGAGGAGGGGGGAUAAGGGGAUAGAGGAGGCGAGUACUGGGGAGGGGUUGGCUGAGCUGUAUUGGAAACAGGAGCGUCGUGGUGGGGGGGCUGGUGGGAAUACCGAUAUAGUUGAAGGGAUUGAGGAGGAGGAGGAGGAAGACCUGGCCAGAGAGGAUAGUAACGAACCCGGCGAGGAAGAGGAAGAGGAGGGUGACAUACCAGUACCGGUGGACGACGUACUCCAGGAGGAUACUACGAACGAGGAAAGGUAGGUAGGUAGGUGCAUACUCGCAGUCUUUGAUACUCCAGUGCAUAUCCUUCCUUCCUUCCACAGGAUUUUUGUCAUGAUACUUAUCCAGAACAACUUGGGGAAGUAUCAAUUCGAGCUAUUGGUAUGUGCAAUGUUCUGGGCGAAUAUAAGUGCCUAUGAAGAAGUACUCUGUGGCAAGCCCAAGAAGGCGAAACGAGAAUUCACAGCUACAGCUAUCGUAAACAACCUAGGUACAGCUCCCCGGGAGU